AUGAUCUUUUACCAGAAGGCAUACAUCGGCUUGGUGGCAGUCUUAGCCCUUACGAUCGCGCUCCACUCGAGUCCGGUUGCAGCUCUUACGCCACAAACAUGUGCCACUCACUUCCUUGAUGAUCCUAAGAAACAUCCGUUCGCCUCCUGCGGGGACGCUAACGGUGUAGAUCACCCUUGCCACUUUGAUGACUGCUACGACCCUCAAAGUGGUACCAAGUACGAAAACUUCAAGUUCAAGAUUUGCUUCAACGACCACAUAAAAUCAUAUCCAGCUGAAGUAGCUCCAAUCCAAUAUUACCAGUACCACAAGUAUGGAUAUGUUGCUGUCCAAUCUCGCAAGGAUGGUAACUGGUAUAACUGCAGAUACUCAGAUGACGAAGUCAACUCGCACGUACUUUACUGUCCCUCGUGUAAUAACUAG